GAACGGAGUUCCGGCACCUCUUAGCUGGGUGCCCUUCCCCAUUAUAGGAGAACAAUGGAGGCAUUCUUAAACUGAUGCCUAGGCGUUGAUUUUCACCUGGAAGAACAUUUCAGGACCAAAAAGGGGAUUGUCGCACACCAUACCAGGUCAGUCAGAAGAUGGGAUUUGUCACCUACUUCAGCCUUUGCCUUCUUGGAAUCCUCGUCUCCAGUCCUGCCAAGGCUGCCUGUCCCAGUGGAUGGCUGCGAAAUCAGGGCAACUGCUAUGCAUAUAUUGAAAAGAUGAUGACAUGGGCUGAUGCUGAGGUUGACUGCCAGAGCUAUGGCCGUGGGGUCCAUCUUGCCUCCAUCCUCAAUCAGGAAGAAUCUUCCAUUGUAGCCAAGUACAUCUUAGCACAACAGAAAACACGCGCAGAUGUCUGGAUUGGACUCUAUGAUCCUUUGCAAAACAGGAAGUGGAAGUGGGCUGAUAAUUCUCCCUUCAAUUUUGCAAGCUGGAAUGUAAACCAGCCAGGCCUGUUUGUUCCAGCUGCAAAUAAGUUUUGUGUAGAGCUGAAGGAACAGAAAGAUUUUGAGAAGUGGAAUACUGUUACCUGUAAAGAGAAAAAUGUCUUUGUCUGUAAACAAUCACCCUAAAGAAGAUUGUAGUUCCCUUCGCUGGACUCUAGCCCGCUGGAAAUCUUUCUGAUCUCAGUACCUCCUCUUCCAGUCCUCAAAGUGAAAGAGGGGUUCUCAU